AAAUGACCACACAGCAUAGCUUCGAAUCAUCUAUCUCGCUUCGUUUCGGUUAGCGCCAUCUCUUUCAAAACUUAAAUCAGUUAGAAUUUGUUGUUCGUUUGGGGCUGACGUUCGUUCGUCUAUUGAAUUUGUUUACAUGUUGUAAACAAUUUGAUAUUUUAAUGGCAAAGACAUUUCUCUUGUAUAAUGUGACAAUCAAACAGUGAUCAGACUCUCCUUGUUUUUAAUAUCCGUGAAUAAUUAUUUAAGAUGAGAUUUGCGCGGCUGUUUUUCUUCGUUGUUUUGGUUUUGGGACUGUCGUGCAGUGCGGGGGCGGGAGUCAUUGGUGAUCAAUGCGACUGGAUUGGCAGUGGGCUGACGUCGAACGCCGAGCGAGGUGUUACACCCGUGUACCUCCGUUGCCGUGAGGGCAGCGUGUCCUGGAUGUACCCUCGGGGUGCCUUGCGUCUGUUGUUCCGCCCUCCACUACCAGCCGACGAACGGGACUUCAGAGUGUGCAUACGGGUCGUACGAAGACCGGACCCGCCCGACCUAUUUCACACCUUGCAGCUUAAUGAAACAGAAGCUGCGGACAGAUUCCCAGCGCGUUUGUUCGUAGAAGGCGCAAAGAGAUUAGAGCCUUUGUACGCACCUAACGACGGCGACCCGCGGGAGCUACGCUGUUUCCGGAGCAGAAAAGGCCGGGCCGCUUUGUACGUUGAGGCGGAACCCGAAGAUGGGCCCAAGAAACGAGUGGCCGCCUUAAAGUACGAAGCUCGAUUGCUCGACAAGAGACACUAUGAUCCGGCCACAUCAGAAUGCAGACCGUGCACCGAGGCCGAGAUGGAAUUAGCCUUCUGCACGAGCGAUCUAGUAUCUCGAGGAGUGAUUGUUGGAAGCGAACAGCGCGAGGAUUUGGAUACGACUCAACUGACUCUUCGACUGACCAAACUCAUCAGAGCCACGGCCAGGGAAAACGAACAGGACAAGAUAGAUCAAGAAAACGAUGAAUAUUAUAGGUACGACGUGGACAACGCUAUCGAGCACAAACCCCGCAGAAGGCACAGGGCUCGACGGAAAGAACGAAGUCUGCACGCGCACGUUCACGUCUCGUCCACGUGCGGAGCUUCCGCUGGUGCCGGAGAGUUCCUUGUCAUGGCCAGACGAAGGUUAGGCCGAUACUCACUUGUAUGCGCGCCCAGAGUUGAUGAUUGGGUACAGCUAGUUCUGAAGAGAAAUGCUGAUGGAACCGCUCAUUGUUUAUUACAACACUAAUUUAAGAUUUCCUAGCUGACGCGUUUGAAGUUACUAAGUACACUUUAAAUCGUAUGGGACCAAAAAUGAUAGUAAACAUUUCGGAAUUCGUAUUAAUUUAUGAAUGGCUCAUAAAAGCAAUUAAGAAGCGUUUUAGAUAAAAUAAAAUAAAUUUUAUUAAUCGAAAAUGAAAUUCAUGUAGCGAUUAAGGAUGCCUAACAAAAUUUCUGAGGAAUAGAUAAUAGUUUUAUGAGCAUUUACACUCGAUUCAGACCCCUUGCAAUUCAAAAUGUUAAUAAACUAAUAUUCCGAUUUAUGUAGUGAAAUACACGAGGAGUUUAGUAAUUUUGAUCCGAAUAAAAAAAAAUCGAUUAAUAUCAUGUAUAUUCCAUAUAAAUAUCAAUAUUAAUCAGUCUAUAAUAUAUUGACGACGCUUCCAAAGGUUUUAAUUGAAUUGUUGUAUUUUCAAUGUGUCUGUUGCUUGCCAUAUAGAAUCAAGCUUAUAGAAUAUUUUGUAGUUACGUUAUAAAAUUGUUAUUUGAAAAUGCGGUCCACAGUGCCAAAUUAUAAUAAGAUCUUCAUGUUACUAUAAUAUAGACGUAAGGUUGAUCUCAAGUUCUGUAUAUAAUAAUUAUUAAGACGGGGAAACAAAGCCAUAUUAAUGUUAUUCAAACAACAUGCUACAUUAGCGACAGCUAAUUUUAAAAUUUGCAUAGUUUUUGAAGGAAGUUUAAAAAAAAAUGGUAUGUAACCACAUCCUAAAACUAUUUCUAUUAAAUAAACCGAGAUUAAAUAUGCCAACAAAUUACAAAUAAAUUUUUGAGGAUCUAAAUUUAUUGAAAGCAAAUUGUAUUUUUUUUGUGUUAAGGUAUAAUAGUUUUAUUUCUAUACAAUAGACAUGAAAGUGACUAAUUUCAUUCCUUCAAAGUACUUUUAAACAAUUGAAAACUGAACUGACGAAAAAUGUACAUAAAUUAUGCACAUAAAUUACCAUCGUAAUUUAAAAAAAUAUUAUGUAAAAACAUUGUAUGUACGGUGCUAUUUGCAGAUCUUCCAUUCAGUAAGAUGCACAAAUAAAUUUAUAUUCAAAUAAGAUUCUAUUAUCAAUAUAUUAUCUGCUAUUAUUUUGUCACUAAGUAGUAAUAUAUUUGUAAAAAGAUAUUAUAAUAUAUAAAUGUCGACAUGUGAUAUAGAAUAGAUGAGUUAUAAUGAAUAAUCAAGUGCCUUGUAAAUAUAUUAUAUUUUAUUCGUGUUUUAUAUUAUAGAUUAUAUUAAUAUCAUAUAUAUAUAUGUAAAAAUACAAUCGUUGAAUAAAAUAUGUAUAAAUA